CGUGAGCCGGUCACGAUCGCUUUUCGCGCGAGUAGCAGAUUGUUGGUCAGAGUUUUCAGAAAAUUAAUCUUUCACUAUGAGUUGCCCCUACGCUCACGACGGCAGGGAGAAUAUACCAGUCCGCAAGAAUGGCGACGACAAACGGAUGUCUUAUGGAGAUUAUCUACAGCUCAACACUCUCCUUGAAUGCCAGAAGCCAGCAAGCACUAAAUUUGGUGAUGCAACCGUCCAUGAUGAGCUCCUUUUUAUCGUGGUUCAUCAAGCUUAUGAACUAUGGUUCAAGCAGAUUAUUCAUGAGUUGGACUCCAUCAGGGACAUUUUUACCUUUGAAGAAUUGGGCACUGAUGAAAGAAAGAUGCUUGUUUUAAUCUCAAGACUGGGUCGCAUUGUACAGAUUCAAAAACUGUUACGUGAUCAGAUCAUGAUCCUAGAGACCAUGACUCCACUGGAUUUUAUGGAAUUCAGAGAUUAUUUAGCACCCGCGUCAGGAUUUCAGAGUCUCCAGUUCAGGUUGAUUGAGAAUAAACUUGGCAUUAACAAGACCCACAGAAUCCGCUACAAUUACCAGGAUUACAGUAAAGCAUUCGAUUCGCAAGAUGGGAAGCAGCUUGAAGAAUCUGAAAGCACGGCUUCACUGCUAGAACUCGUCCAGUGUUGGUUGGAGAGGACUCCUGGCCUGGAAGAGGAUGGCUUUGAUUUUUGGAGGAAAUACAAGACAAGUGUUCAAACAAUGCUUGAAACUCAGAAGGCCGAGGCUGAGGCUGAAGAAGACGAAGAAGUGCGAGCGAUUUUGUUCAAAGAGAUCAAAAAGCAAGAGGAUCAUUUUGAAACAAUCUUCAGUGAGGAGAGGCAUAACCAACUUGUGGCUCGAGGCGAAAGAAGGUUUUCCCAUAAAGCCAUGCAGGGGGCAUUGAUGAUUUACUUUUAUCGGGACGAACCUCGAUUUAACCAACCUUUUCAAAUUCUUCAACUGCUGAUGGACAUCGACUCAAAUUUAAUCAAAUGGCGAUACAAUCACUUGAUGAUGGUUCAGCGGAUGAUUGGCAGUAAAAUGGGGACUGGCGGAACGUCUGGAUACCAGUACCUCAGGUCCACGGUCAGUGAUCGUUACAAGGUUUUCGUUGACUUGUUUAACUUGUCCAAUUUCCUGAUACCACGUGAUCAAAUUCCGCCACUAAGCUCCUCCAUGAAGGCGCGCCUGCGCACUGCGCUGGUUGGAGGUCGGCUGCACGACAGUGACAGUGCUCACUUUAGCGACAGCAGUGAAGAUGAUCAGGUGUCAGCCCUUUCCUCCCUUGUCAAGAACGCGGGCAUUACAGGUGCACCAACUGUCGACACCGAAGGAGACGAAGUGGCAAGCAGUAAUUAGUCUGAAGUGUUACCCAUUCAAAAUGAUUUUUGGGAUUCUUCCAACGAGAGAGUAUUUCAUAUACUAGUCAUUUCGAAAAUAUGUGUUCCAGGAACUUAAUUUUGUAUAACUUCCGCGACUCGAUUUUCAUUGACAAAAUGUUUUUCGCUUUUUCCCUUCCUGGAAAAAAAAUGGUUAUUUGACCGAAUACGUAUAAUUUUAUUACGAUAAAAUUUUGAAACGGCUCAUGAAGAGCUGCAGGAGCAGAAUUUAGUUGUAUGAAAUCGGAAUCCUACUAUUUCGAUAUAUUUGUAAAUACAACAGUAUAUAGUUUGUUAGAUUUGAAGUUGUAGUCACGUCAUUGUGGAAUUAGUUGUAUUUAAUUUGACCGCAACAUUUUUCUGAAUUGGCUUCCCAUAUUCAAAAGUUAAUUACAUAUAUACAUAAAAAUAAAUAUGCUUUAGCUAAGACAGCCAAGAAAUUUUCUAUCCCCGUUUUUUAAGUGCUUUUUUGAUAUUUGCAACGGAAACGAUAAAGCAAAGAUACCAUUUGUAACUCGUUUUAAUAUUUAAUGACAAUGCUAUUCUCGUGGAAAAUGUUGUUGAUAAGGCAUGUAAUAUUUCAGGUGUCUUUCGUAAUAUUUAAUAAAAUGCGCUUUAAUAAAGAUACUCUUUUCAGAACAAA